AUUUUCUCGAACCACACAGCAGCACCACGUUCUCUCCAAUGGCCUCGUCCCAGCCGCUGACUCUCCAUCAUUCCAUAUAAGUUGGCCUAGGACGGCAGGUCUAACACCAUUCUUGGCAGGUAGGUAACCUCUAGGGUGUCGAAGCGCCUUACUCAGCUGCUCGGGUUUCAUGAACAUACAUGGCCGCGUGCGGCGGUGUGGCGUGAUAACUGGAGAUUAGGCCAGCAACAGCAACAGCAACAGCAACAGCAACAGCAGUAGCAGGAGCGGAAGCAUUAGUAGACGAGGACCCGUCAGAUCCAGUUGUUCUGUUCCGUCACUGCGGUUGACUGCUUCCGUCACUGCGGUUGACUGCUUCCGUCACUGCGGUUGACUGCUUCCGUCACUGCGGUUGACUGCUUCCGUCACUGCGGUUGACUGCUUCCGUCACUGCAGUUGACUGCUUCCGUCAUGCCCGCCAACAGGGAGCUGCUCGCGAAGCAUGUCGACCCACAUCAACCUCCUCCUGUCACCGCCACUUCAUCCCUUUCUCGAUCGCAAUAUUCUCGCGACAACAGCGAGCACCAUCAAUCUCGUACCACUGCCUCUGAUUUCACUUCUCCUUCUGCCUCUGCCGCUGCCUCUGCCGCCGCGUCUCCAGCGCUCGGUGCGCUGCACAGGCUCCUCCCUUCCGGAGCCGUUCGCGCCGGAUCCGCGGACGACCCUAAGUUCGCGUCGGCCGCGCCGCUUACCACCACCGCCGGUCCGGUAGAUCUGCGAGACCGCACCGGCGCCUGCAGCGCCAGCGGCGGGGACGGCGGCGGAAGAUGCGGCGCUUCAACAGGCGGAGCUUUCGGUCCGCGCGCUGGCGGAACCUUCCCCGCGGGUGGCGCUGGCGGCGCCGCUGCGGACGCGUUCACGUGGCAGACGGUGGAUAGCGGCGUGGCGGGCAGCUUAGGCUACCGCAUGCGCUUUAAGGACCGCCUCGGGCGCACGUGCUCCCCCUGGCAUCACAUACCUCUUAAUACCCGCAACGGACACAUGCACGUGGUGUGCACGACGCCUAAGAAGUCCUGGGCGCGCUUCGAAGUGGCUGCGGACGAGGAGUUCUCCCCGCUGCGCCUGGCGCGCAAACAGCUGGGGGGAGGAGGAGCGGGCGGCGGGGGAGCGGAAGGCGCGUGGGGGGAAGGCAGCGGCGCAGGAAUCGGCGGAGGGAGCGGCGGAGGCGCGGAGGGCGCGGGGGAGGUAAUGCGGGUUCCUUCCGGCGUGGUUCCGGUGCACUACACGUCGAACUGCCCGUGGAACGUGGUGUUGCUGCCACAAACGUGGGCGGACCCCCAGCUGCCGAACCUGGACUACCUGGGGCUGCGCUACGACGGGCGCCCGCUCGAAAUGGUGGAGCUGGGCCGCAAGGCGCGCAAGAGAGGACAGGUGUACGCGGUGAAGGUGGUAUCUGCGUUCGCGCUGGUGGAUCUGCCCACCAUGCGCCUCUCCUGGAAGCUCCUGGGCAUAGCCGUCAGCGACCGGCGCGCAAGGCGAGUCACCGACGUGGGGGACGUGCACCGCGUGAUGCCGGGCACGCUGGAAGAAGUCCGGGAGUGGCUGCGGCAGAGCGAGUGCGUGCAGGCGGGCGACAGAGAGUGGGUGUUCGGGCUUAAUGAGCGCGCGGGGGAUAGGUUUUUGGCUGGGAAGCUCGUUGCGGAGGCGCAUGCGGCGUGGCAGGGGCUGGUGGCGAGGGUGAGUGGGAGUGGGAAUGGGGAUGGGCAGGAGCAGGAGAGCGGUGCUACUGGGACUGCCACCAGCUGUGGCUCGAACGACCUGUGCCCUCCCACUCCCCCCCACACCCCCCCUCCCCUUCCCUCCACUCCGCCUCACUCCUCCAUUUCCGGUGCCUCCACUCCCUCUCUCCCCGCCACGCCUCCCCGCGCGUCCUUCUCCCCCGCGCCCUCGAGUCUGUACCGCGGGGACUCGGACGUGUCGUCCACGGGCACGGGGCACGACUCCCUUUCCGCGUCGUCAGCAGGCGCGUGGGACAACGCCUCACAGGCCACCAGCGCUGCUGGCGCUGCUGCUGCUGCCACCGGCGCCAGCAGCAGCAGCAGCGUGGGGGGUGGUACAACCCCUCCUGGUGCGGCCGGUGCCGGUGCCGGUGCCGGUGCCGGUGCCGGUGCUGGUGGUGGAGAUGGUGCGGGUAGUGGCGGUGGCAGUGGUGCUGGUGGGGCUGGUGAGCGUGCGUUGCAGGUUGAUGUGAUACCGCUGCGAGACCCCAGGGCCAGGCUGAUGGUGAGGGCCAUGAGGAAGCCAGAGGCGACGGAGAGUGUGUUCGCCUGCAAUGGGUCAGAUGAUGAAGGGGAGGAGGAGUAUGGGGAGGAGGGGGAGAGGGGGGAGGAGAGCAAGGAGGACGAUGAGGAGGAGGAGGAGGAGGAGGAGGAGGGUGAAGCACGAGGGACGGGGGAGGGAGAAUGGGCAAGUGGGGAGGAGCCAGGGCACGGUAAAAGUCGCACUGGGAUUGGCUUGGCUGGCGGCGAUGCGGCGGGUUCUGGUGAAGGCAGUGGGAGGGGAAAGGAAAAGGGUAGGAAGGGCGUUGUAACAGUGACGUGCUCGCGCCGGGAGCUGCUUCGGUUCCUGAGGUCAACGGAUCCGCGCCUCUCCCGGCCGGCCUACAUUGCUUUCAACACUGGGGUGAUUCAAAUGGACGAACAGUGGAAAGAAGAGCUGGGAGGGGGUAAGGAUGAGGGGGGCGAGUUUCCUGGCGCAUCCGCUGCUGCUGCUGCUGGUAAUGGUGCUGUUGCUGGUGCUGGUGCUGGUGCUGGUGGUGGUGGUGAUGGGGAUGGCAGUGGUGGCACCGGGAACACUGCAAGGCUUGCUGAGGAUGUCGCUGCUCAUACCAGGAGUGGUAGAUUAGACGGGCUAGUGGGUGUGGAGCUGGGGGGGUAUCACGGAGCAGCGUCUGCAGGUACAGGCAGUAACUCUGUUACUGCUGUUACUGCUGCUACUGCUGCUGCUGACCAUGGUGGUGUGAGCGGCAGUGUGGGUGACAGCAUUGGCCCUGUGAAGGGCAGUGGUGAUUUUGCUGACCGCAGAGCGCGCCACGCCCAUGAGGUGCUGGUGCAACUCACUGCAAGUAACGCAGCAGCCACUGGAGGAGGAGGGGAGGGCGAAGGGACAGGAAGGGAAGACGACAGAACCAGCAGAAGAAGUUGCCCCACCGGUUUCCUUGUUUCAAACGCACUCCCGACUCCACCAAAUCCGUCAGCAUCGUCUGCAGCAGCAGACAUUGCAACAUGUGCCGUUCCCACUGCUCCCACUGCUUUCUCUGCGCCUCCUGCCCCCGCUGCUGCUCCCUCCCUCUCCCUUCCAUCCCCCUCUAGCAGCAGCCGUGCGGCGCAGUUCAGCAGGGCGGGGUCGAGGCGGAAGCCCAAGCGCAGCAGCAUGAUCCAGGAGAGGGGCAGUGAGAGCGGGGAGAGUGAUGGCACCAGCAGCAGCAGCAGCCACAGCAGCAGCAGCAGGAGGAGCUCUGAGAACCAGGCAGGCGCACUCUCUGCUGCUGCUGCUACUACUGCUGGUAAGACUGCUGCUGAUGCUCAGGCUAACACUCCUGGCCCCGCUCCUGCUGUUGCGGCUGUUACUCCUGCUGCCACGUCAGCAGGGCAGGGGCCUACUCUGCUUGUGAGGGGGCGGAGAGUGGCGUGGGUGACCCCCAGGGCUAGUGCUUUAAGCUCCAGUCAGAAAAGCAAAGCUGGGCGUGGAGGGACCGAGGGACCGAGGGACGGAGAGACGGAGGGACGGAGGGUCUGAGAAAGGAUGGGGUAGCCAUGGUGUGGCCAAGGGCGUAGACAUGCGGAAAGGGGAAGAGGUGGGGAUGAGAGUGGAAGUGGAAGCUGUGUGAGAGGAAGAAUAUGAAACAGAACCAUGCAGACAUGCACAUUAUGUGUGCGUCUGGCAGGUUGCAUGUGUGAGUGUGUGAAGGCAGUGGUGGUAACAUUCUCUCCGUCUCUCGGCUCACCCUCUUGUCUUGUCGCUGUAACCUUUGUGUUGGCACCUCUGUGCACCAUGUAUCAGAAAUUGAAGUGUUAG